UCAUUUUGUUUUCAUUAAAAUUUUUGGUAAAAUGAGUAGCAAUAGUUUGUUGCUUCUUCUUCUCCAUCUUCUUCUUCUUCAACAAGAAGUUACUUCGCAUUCCCUUGUUGAGUAUCUUCCCGGUUUGCAAGGUCGCCUCCCGUUCCAUCUUGAGACCGGGUAUGUUGGUAUUGGCAAAGAUAAUGAGUUGCAACAUUUUUACUAUUUUUUGGCAUCAGAGUCUGAGCCUACUACUAAUCCUCUUUUAAUUUGGCUAACGGGUGGACCUGGUUGUUCUUCUCUUAGUGCUAUUGUCAAUGAAAUAGGGCCAUUGCGUUUUGCUGAACAAGUCUAUAAUGGAAGUUUGCCCAGGUUCGAACUAAACCCACAUGCAUUGACCAAGAUAGCAAGUGUGAUAUUUUUGGAUCAACCAGUAAACAGUGGAUUCUCAUAUGCAACAAAUGAUGCGGCAUACAAAUACACUGAUAUACAAGCAUGUGAAUAUGUUGAUGAAUUUCUAAGAAAGUGGCUUGAUGAUCAUCCACAAUUCAUCUCAAAUCCAUUUUACGUUGCUGGAAACUCAUAUUCUGGAAUGACUAUUCCAAUUAUAACACAAUUGAUAUCAAAUAGAAAUGCAGAAGGCAAAGAGCCAUUGAUUAAUCUUCAGGGAUAUUUACUUGGCAAUCCCUUAACGUUUUCUCAAGAAAAGAAUUAUCAUAUACCUUUUAGCCAUGGCAUGGGACUUAUAUCUGAUGAGCUUUAUAAGGCAUUGGAGAAGAAUUGUAAAGGAGAAUAUACAUACAUGGAUCCCAAAAAUACGAGGUGUGCAAGUGAAGUUCGUACUUUCAAACAGAUGAUAAGCAACAUCAAUACGAAACGUAUCCUAAGGCCCAAUUGCGAAGAAGACCCACGUAAAAUGUCGGGUCAAAGAAGAUUACUUGGUCAUAAACUCAUCUCCUUGCAACGUGGCGACCCGUGUGCGUUUGAUUGGCGCAAGCUUGUAAAGUACUGGGCUAAUGACCCUAAAGUCCAAGAAGCUCUUCAUGUUCGCAAGGGAAUUAUAGGAAGUUGGAUGAGAUGUAGGAGAAAUAUAUAUAUGAGUUCUGGUAAUUAUACAAUUACGUUAAAUAACGUUGUACCAUAUCAUGCAAACCUAAGUACUAAAGGUUAUCGAUCACUCAUAUACAGUGGCGAUCAUGACUAUAUGGUACCUUUUCAAUCGACACAAGCAUGGAUAAAGUCUCUAAACUACACCAUCGAUGAUGAUUGGCGCCCAUGGAACGUAAAUAAUCAAGUUUCUGGUUAUACGAGGUCUUACUCCAACAAAAUGACUUAUGCAACAGUGAAGGGAGCAGGACACACAGCUUGUACGGACAAGCCUGAAGAAUGUUUUGUUAUGUUCAAAAGAUGGAUAAGUGAUGAUCCUUUAUAAAUUGUCCUCAAUUUCAUCUAUAUAUCUUCUCUCUAUUUUAUUUUAUUUUACUGAAAAAUUAUCUUUUCUUAACUUUACCAACUUUAGUUGUGUUUGUGAACAAAAUCUUUCCCUGUUCUGAUUUUACAUGUCAUUUGGAAGAGGGGCCGAAGAUGGAAUUAAAAUCUUGUAAUGGAUUGACUCUUUUAUGCUAAUAAAAUAUAUUGUGGACAUAAUAUUUUUGGUCC